AUGUCGUACAGCUACCGAGAGCGUGAUCGCUACGAAGAGGACCGACCAGUGACCAUCAAGCGUUACGUCAUCGGCUCCGACGAUCGAGAAGAACGACGAGACUUCAUGAGUCGCGAAGAUGCCAUCGGAGACCGCGAGUUGGUCAUCCGGAGAAAGACUGAACGAGAAGAGCCCCUGUCUAUCUCACGGUACGAGCGUGACGUAGAAUACGAUCCUCCGGUCCGCCGCGUCGAGCGUGAGUAUGAGCGAGACUACUAUGAACGUGAGUCCCAAAAGUCCUACGGCUCCCACCGUAAAGCCAAGUCCCAGGAAACUCUUCCACAUCGGCCACCGGCCCCCCAUUCAGGAGCUCUCGUCGUUCGCGAGCAGUCAGUAACCGUCGUAAAUACAGCCCGAAAUGCUUACAGCAGUCCUCGUGAGUCCGAGUAUGAUGUUGUUCGUCGCUCGGAUGCCGAGGAGGACCCUUACUACUAUCAUCACCACCGCCGAGUUCGCGAGUACGAAGACCGUCGCUCGCGCCGUGAAUUGAGUCCCGGCGACUCCAUCUCCCAGACGAGUCGCCGUCACCAUCGCGAUCGCGACCGCGACGACUACAGCAGUGAUGACAGCAUGGUCUAUAUCCGCAAAGAGACCCGCGACUACGACGGUGAGCACAACCACCACAAGCGCCACCUUGCCGAGGGUGCUCUCGUUGGUGUCGGUGCUGCUGAAUUGCUGCGUAGCCACAGUAAGCGCGAGGGUAAGGAGGUCAGCCAUGGCAUGAGCCACGCAGUGAAGACGGCCGGCGCUGGUGCCCUUGGUGCCGUUGCUGUCAACGCAGCGGGUCAUGUUCGCGACUACUACCGCAGCAAGAGCCGCAGUCGCCAUCGUUCGCACUCUUUCGAUGAUGAUCGUUCCCAUUCCCAUCGCCAUAGCCGCCGCAGUCGUAGUCGCUCUCACUCCCACUCCCGGGGCAAGACACUGCUGGAGAUUGGUAUCGGCGCCGCUGCAUUGGCUGCCGGUGCAGCUGCCCUGCGAAGCAAGUCCAAAAAUGACCGUCGCAGCCGAUCCCGAACUCGUUCUCGCUCCCGUGCUCGUGCAUUGAGUAGCACCCGCUCGGACAAGGACAAGGACGGCGCCAGUGAUGAGACCAAGCGCCGACAGCACAUGGCUGGCGCAGGCCUGGCUGGUGCUGCCGUUGCAGGCCUGGUCGAACAUGCUCGCAGCCGUUCACGCUCUCGUAAGGGAGAGCGCUCCCACAGUCGCUUGCGAAAGGCCCUCCCCAUUGUUGGUGCUGGUCUGGCUACUGCAGCUGCCGCUGGUUUGUACGAGAAGAAGAAGGCCGACAAGGAGCAAAAGGAGCUGGUGCCCCGCGAAGGACGCCGCUCACGAUCUCGCAGCCGCAGCCGUGCCCCAUCCGAAGCCUACCCUGAUCCAACCCGUGACUCUACUGGUCUGAUCGAGUAUGGUGCUGACCCCGUCGCGGGAAGCAUCCCGGCAGAGCACUACUACGGCCAGCCAGCAGGCCAUGGUGAUCCCUACUACUCUGACGGUGCUCGUCGCCACAGCCGAUCUCGCAGCCGCGGUGGGCGUUACAGCGGAAGCUCCGAUUCGGACCGUGACGGCCGACGCAAGAGCAAGAAGCACCGCAGCCGUUCUCGUGAACUAGCCUCUGCCGCCCUGGGCGCCACUGGUCUAGGUUACGCAGCACACAAAUACUCGCAGCACCGAGACCGCAAGAAGACCGAGCGUUCGCGCUCACGUUCGAGGACUCGAUAUGAGGACGAUGCUCACCGCGAUCCCUACGAGGAGUCCUACGACCCAGAGCCCUACCCCAUCUCCGCGCAGGCUGCUCAUCAGCGACCCGCCGAGAACUACUUCCCGAACAGCAACUAUUUCCCCCCACCCCCGGGCUCAACCUCAAACCUGAAUGCCACCCCCUCAGCCCUACAACCCGGCCGACUACCCGCCUCCCCCGGGCGCCGCACCCCCCGCCCAGCCCUACAACUACGGGCCGAUGAGAAUGUGAGUGCUCCGUCGAGCUCCACCCUACCCACCGAGCAAACCCAUGCCCACGGUUUAAACAACGACCCUCAUCUACACAUUCCCCCGUCCAUAUCCCGCGAAGUCAACCCAUCAGCAUCAUCGUCUAAAUCCGUGGCCUUUGACCUGGACACGGAUCCUAAACGGUCCGCUGACGCGGGGUAUGAGACCGACGACAGCGAUUCAACUAUUGACGGGUACACACCACGCCAUCACCCCAAAUUCCAAUCCCAAACUCACCGGCGCUCAUCUUCCGUACCUUCUGCCCAUCACCGAACCAGCGAUGGUAGCGGUGGUGCAGGUCCCAGUUCUAGUUCUUCUUCACCUCGACACCACCAACAUUCAUCCAAUCGCCAUUCCCAUCAUUCUCAAAGAUCAUCCCCCCGAGAAGACUCCCCACUCGACUCAGACUCUACCAUCGACCUCCCAGAACGCUUCGAUUCAAAGGGUCGUCGACUUCCCGAAAGUAGCGAGAACUCAUCUGUUGAAAGAUUGGAGGAUUAUCUGAGAAACCUUGCAAAAGUUCUUAUCUAAUAUGCCCUUCGUUCGCACUGAUAAACUAAACUUGGAAUCGUGAGCUUUGUUGACUCUCGUUGGUCCAAAACUUGGGGUUUUUGGAAAUGGUGAUGAGUUGAGAAUACCUUUCUAACUUCCAUUGGUGGAUGACGGAUUUUGGCGUGCUCUUGUUUUGUCCUUUUAAUUUUGGGUGGUCCUUUGAUACGUUCUUGCCCUUUUGUUUUUCUUCCCUCCAGGUUGUGCUGGAUUGGAUGCCUUGAUGAUGCCCAAUGCCGUUAUGUUUUUGAGAUUUUCUGUUUUUGAUAUGGUUUUGUUUUUCUCUGCUGAUCUGAUCUGAGAUUUUAUGAUUUACGCACGCGCCUUAUGAUGAUGAUUUAUGACUGUAUUUUCCUUUCCAGACAACUCAAUGAUUUUCACCCUAG